CGGUUCUUUUCUUGCAUCCUGAACACAAAAGAACAAGAAAAAAGCAGUCACUUCGUGAUAAUCUCUUCAAUGAUCACAAUGUCUUUGUAACAUACCGUUGUUUUUAAAUCAAUGCUUUUAUAUCAAGACACAUCUGAGUUCAGAUCUUCGUCCAUCACAUCUUGUCAAAGUACUCUGGCGCCGCAUGUCAACCUCGCACGGAUGCCUGCAUCAGGCAGCAGCUGGAACCGUGCAACCUGCUACAGUGCUACUAUAUGCACAUUGUCAUUCAGCUUCAAAGUUCAGCCGCAUCCUCUCCUCUACAACACCACACUCUCCCUUUCUUCCAGUUUCCUUCAGCCCUACCGUGUAUAUUUCCGCAUGACUCACCCGUCACGCAUCACGCGGAACUUUAUACUUCCAAUGUUGCAUUUUUUUUCCACGGUGCGGCUUUUUUUUUUCUCACCGCUUUGCUGGUCCAUGUUUCUGAUUUGUUCAUCUCUUCAAUUUUUCGCAGACUCUGCCACUCUCCGCAUUCCACACUAUUUCUUUUUUAAAUCCAUGUGACCUUGGCCUCUUCUUCUAACACUUUACAUAGAAUUAUAUAAUCUAUAUUCUUUCUCCUAUUUUCUCCUUUUCCCGUCUUCUUUUACGAUC